AAUUAUACAUUUUUAAAAACUCCCGCUCUUUCACUCCUGCUUAAAGAAUGGGACGUAAGAGUGCGCUCUCAUAUUUUUUCUUCAUUGGAAACUAUUUCGUAUAGUGUGUGCAUUAAUAUUUUUUAUUUAUUUACUCCACUUUUUUUCUGAUCAUACGUGGUCUGGUUAUGAUCAUUAUGGAGGGUAGAGGUACCUCUACCCUCCAUAAUUAUAACGUUAAACUAAUUAUUUAAUUUACAAAUUUUAAAGUUAAACUUCAAGUAUUGUGCUCACAAUGAUGGAGUGGCUCAUAAACAAAAUUUUCAUUUUAAGUAUUGCAACAGGAUCAAGAUUGAAAUUAUUGAAAUUUUAGAUCAAGCUAGAACUUAUAUAUGGCUGAUGGUCAACACACUGCAACUUCUAGAGUUCAAGUUCUUUUAGAAAAGCUAUGGUGUUAGCAUUACUCAGAGUCCCAGAAAAUCACACAGUAGUUCAGGUGGCGUAUAAAGUAGAAGCAUUAGUGAGUGAUAAUCAUUAUAAUCCUAAAAGUAUUCGAAAAGUUGCUUAAAAUAUGACAAGACAAUGGCAUUAACUUGUUACUUGUGCUGAAGAACGACAUAAAAUUAUAACUGCCAGCAUUCAUUUUUAGAAAACAGCUCAACAAGUAAAAUCUGUGCUGGAUAGUUUGGAGCGUUAGUGUAUUAUGUUAUAUGUUAGUAUGUAUCAUCAUGAUAAAGAUUGGUAUUUUGACGGAGAAAAAAGUAAUCAAGUACCAACGUUUAUCAAAACCGCGUACAAACAUCAAGGACAAAAGCAAGUUUUUCUUAAGACUUCGACUCUGGUACUGCGAACAGCAAAAAUAUUUUCAAAGUAUACAAAUAGAAGCUUGACAUUUCAUAGCUGUAGAACUACCCGUGGUGGAUCUGAAAAUAAGGUUAAAAAUAUUUUUUAAAAAUUAUUAAGUAAAGAGAAUAAAGUAUUGGAACAAUCGGGGCAACGUAAAAAACGGCUUGAUCAUUAUUAUCAAUAGCGUUCUUUUUAUACGUAGAGCUAAACAAGUUUUAGAAUGAAUACGUUAAACUGGUGAAUUUUACCUAGCCACACAUACAAAUGUUCAAAAAAAUUAUCUCGAAAAUGAAAAGCUUCUUCAAGGACAUAACCAAUUCCAAUGGUGCAUCAAAAAAAACAAGACAUCGAGUAAAAUUAUCAUUAUAACUGACUGACAAUUUAGCAGAAAAGAGACACGCUCACGCAAUACUCAUAAAAGAAUCUGUUACUAAAAUUGAUGAGCAUCAUAAACAUUUAAGUAUGGUCGUGGAUUGUUACAACACGCAAAUGGAAAAUGAUUUAAGAAUAAAAUCUGAUGAUUGUUAAAAAAAUUCAUCAAUAGAUCGUAAUUCAAACCCAUUACCAGAAAAAAAAAAUUAAAGGAACAGAUUGAAAAGAAUCAAAUGAAGAAACUAGAGGUUCUGCCGGAUAAAAAGAGUUCAUUAUGGUUGAAUUAUUACAUAGUAAAUGAAUUUAGAUAAAAAAUAUGGAGACGUAUAGACGGUGUUUCUUAGCGGAAACGCGAAAUGGAUGAGGCGUGACAGAAAAAAAAUAUGAAACAAUACCAGAGGGUGUUGGUCAUUAAUGGGUCAUUCAGGUUGCUAAAUUUGAUAUGUACGUUACGUGUUGUAACAAUAAACUAGAAAGCAAUUAAUUGUUAGUGGCUCACGGAGGGGUUUGGUUUGACUAUUUACAAAGAAAACAUUAUGUUGAGCAUCCAAUAGCUGCAUAUUUUAUUAAACUUGUACAACGAAUUAUUAAGUAUUGGUUACUGCGUAAGGAUUUGCAAGCAUAUUGUUAAGAAAGGCAGAGUGACAUAAAAUAUAAACUUGAGGAUUCUACUGGAAAACUAAAAAAUAUUUUUUAUUUAAAAUAUUUUUUUUUAAAUAAAUAAUUAAAAUAUUUAUAUUUCUCGAGGUGAAAUACAUUUAUGAAAGUGACAAUGAUUUCGCAGCUUAGUGUUACUAUUCAUAUUGAAGGUGAUGAAUGAAAAUUUACUGCUUCGGCUAGUCGUGCACCGACUAGUGACACUAGAGUAGUAUUGCGUACAAAUUCAUUUGAAGUAAAACAACUGUAGAUUAAAUAUUUACUUACGUAAAGUGAUACAAAAAUCUUACUUUAGCUUAAGCAUGCUUAAGAGUCUAGCGUAAAAAAGUUCGUCAGCAAUCAAGUAAUCAAAUCACCCUUACAUGUGUGAGCACACAUAGGCUUUAAAUAUCAAUGCCUGUAUCAAUGCCUACUCCAAUUCACCAAAUAUUGAACGCUAAUAAACUGCAUGCAUUGACAGUCACCAGCCCGCAGUUAAAUUUGUCACACAAUAAACCUGUAAAUACUGGUCUUACACCGAUUAGGUCAGCUUUUGCUAAUACCUCGUAGCAGACUAUACUCUCAUUCGAGUGUAAAUUGUAAAAUGCUUCGUUGAUCCAUCCUUGGACGCUGUUACCACCAUACUCUCUCCAAACAGAAAAAUUAUUUGAAUCUGUUGGAUGAAUAUUUUGUAAGUGAUGGUCCCUGAAAUUAGUAUGAGCUAAUUUAUCAACAAUGUAAUAAUGGAAUUGUUGUUACUGUCAAUACUGGAAUUCAGUACACGAACAAAAGCCAUUGGCGCUAAAAUCAGCAUAUAUCAUAUUAUACACAAGGAAUUUUAAUAAUGAAGUAUUUCCGUGAAUUGAAUAUUUGUCAUCAAGAAGAAAUCAAAUCUGGUAGUCCUGCUAGCAGUGCAUUUAAUAUGACUGAGUUGACUUCUUGGUCAGAAAAUGAUUUGUUAACAUGCCAAGAAAACCAAAAGUGUCAGUGGAUGAAGCAACAGAAGUAUUAAAAGAAUUCAUAUUGUUGGGUAAUUUCAAGGAUAAUAAUUUUCCAGUGAAAAGUUCAGAAAUAUGGACAGAAAUGAGUCAGAGGUUAGAUGGCAAAUGGGGUCCAAGAGAUGUAUACAGAGAAGUAAGAGAAGAUCGAAGAAAAAUAUUGUCAAAAGCUCGAGAAGAAGUCGGUGUUGCCAGUGUAAGUUCGUUAAAUAUGACUCAAGAAGACACGAAUACGUCUGAAACAGAAAGUGAAAAUGACUCAAAUUCAAGUGGCAGUGAAUGGGAAGCUUCAGGAACAGAAACUAUCUUACUUCCUAUUGACAAAGAACUCUUUGAGAUAUUACAUGAAAAAGAACCAAUAAUGUAUAAAAAAAGAAAAUAUGACGUCUUAGAAAGAUUUAAAUGGACUAGUAUGUUAGCAGAAAAAAUUUAUGCAUUUACAUACUUACCUUGUGCAUUUGUUUUUAAAAAUGCUAAAAUAUAUACUGAUGAAGGUAGCAUUCAUUACUUAACUAUUCGAGGACGAUGUCAAAGCAAAUUAUGCGGAAAUACAAUUCUCGCAUUUUUAGACAAAUAACCUUGUGAUUUUCCUUGUGAAUUGCGUAUAAGGACAAAAGAUACUUUCGGACAGCCUCAUGAAAAUGUGCAUAGACCUACACGAAAGUUUCAACGAAUGAUAAUUGGAGAGAAAGCGUUGAAUGAAGGAGUUGGUAAUUACACUAAACGUCAAGCGCAAAUGUAUGGCCAGGAUAAUAAACGUCUUCCCCCAAUACUUCCGAAACAAAAUAUUAUACGACAAUGUAAGAAUGAAUAUCUUCAUCAAAAAUUAGGAGUGAAACCAGGAGACGGACGUGAUGUUGUUAGCACUAUAGAAGACAUGAGAUAUAAUCCUCUUUAUCCAGGAUUUAUUCAGGAUGUGAAAAAAGAUAAAUUUUAUGUGAUCUACAGCACUCCUAACCAAUUGAUCUCAUACAAACGUUACUGUAAGCUUACUAAUGCUUCUUCUAAAAUAGUAAUUGAUGGUACUGGCAGUAUUGUAAAACCAAUAAUUCAUUCAAACGGACGUAAAUCUGGUCAUGUAUUUUUUUAUGCAAUUGUUAUUAAUUAUAAAAAUAAAUCUCACUCAGUGCAUCAAUUACUUACAAAGAGCCAAAGUACGCAAAUGCUAAUAUGGUGGCUAAAACAGUGGUUCACCAUGGGGGCACCAAAACCAAAAGAGGCUAACUGCGACAGCUCUAGAGCUUUAAUUAAUGCUCUUUCUUUUACAUUAAAUGAUCAAUCUAUAAAGGUUUACAUAGAUACCAUGUUUUUACGAGCAAUCGGAGACUCUUCUCAUUCGACAAGACCAGCGAUUUUUACGUAUAUCCGUUUGGACGUUGCCCAUUUUAUCCAUAUGAUUAGUAGGUGGAAAUGUAUCAAAAAUCUAAAAAAUUCUCUUGUAAAAUCAUUUUACAUGCAUUGUAUUGCUCUCAUGAUUGAUUGUCAAACUGUCAAACAAUUCGAGAUGAUAUUUCGUCUGGUUUGUAUAGUUGCUUUGAACGAACGCGAGGACUCGAUUAUUGCAGUUACUGGCGAAAGUGUUAAGCAUGCUAGACUUGAAUUACAAUCAAUCAUCGCAUCACGAGAUCUUACUGAACUUGUCAAAGACUUAGAACCGGAUGAAAUUGAUGACACAAUCCCCGAAGAAAAAAAUCUUGAAGAAAAUGGUGAUCACAGUGAUUACGUAACUCAACUUAGUCCAAUAAAAAUAUUUAUUAAUGAUCUAUAUAAUUCAGCACUCGACCUUAAAAUAUUAGGGUCGAUUGUCGGUGCAUAUUAUUGUAAAGAAUUUAUUGACGAAUUUUUAGCUAGAGCAUAUGAGUUUCCUAUUUGGACAGCAUCUUGUUUACCCCACGAAGCUGAACAUGCUACAACCAGCUAUAUUGAACAGUUUUUUGGCGAUAAGAAACAAAGAAGUUUAAAAGACUGGAAUAACCUUAUACGCGCUGAUGUUUUUUUAAAAUCCGAAUAUCAAGAGUAUAAUGGUAGUUCAGCAGAGUUACAUUCAAACUUAAUUAAAGCCAAGGAACAAAGUGAUUUAGACGAUAUUUUUAAAUCUGAUAAUAAUAACGAUUUAAAAAAAAAUCCUAAGUCUGCUGCUGAUGAUAACAAUAAUAAUUUAAAUACAGUGCUUAAUCAAGAUUUAGAUAGUAAAUUGAACGUUGAUAAUAACAAUACAUCUAAUGACAAAAAUAAUACUGCUGCUAAUUAUGAAAAAGACGAAACUGCGAAAACAUUAAUUGAAGGUUCAGAUAAUGACUCUUGCGUUGAUAAUAACAAUACAUCUAAUGACAAAAAUAAUACUGCUGCUAAUUAUGAAAAAGACGAAACUGCGAAAACAUUAAUUGAAGGUUCAGAUAAUGACUGUUUCGUUGAUAAUAACGAUAAUCUUCAGGAUGAAUGUGAUUCUGCUGCUAAUAUUAAAAAAGAUGAUGUAAAAGAAGAUCUCAAUGAAGGAAUACUUUCAGACAUUGUUGUUAAUGACGAUAAAGUCCAGAAAGAGUCUUUGCCUGAAAUUACGGAUAAAGACGGUGAAGAAAAAAAUGUGAUUAAAAAAUCAGAUUAUAUUAAAGUUACCAAAAGCACACUUACUGAUUUGUUUAAUGAUUCUGAUACUAUUUCAUACGAUAAUUGGAGAAAUAAGGGUAGAAUUUCUGACCAUGAUUAUUGCUCCUCUUUAAAUGACCAAGAGAACGUUGAGCCGCCAUUUACGCCUUUAUUUAGAAAAAAAAAGCAAGUCUUACCAAAAAAUUUAAAACAAGCACAGCCAAAAGAAGUUAUUAAAACAUCUAAUAUACCUGAAAAUAAAAUUGAAUAUCCUUCGUCCGCCCCGCCGUUACAAACUUUCGAUGGAACAGAAAAUAAAAAUACGACAGAUGCUUUAAAAAAUUACAAAAAAGGUUUCCACUUUCAACCUAAACCAGAUGUAAAAUAUCAGAACGCGAACCUGACUACGUCAACUAAAAUAAAAAAAAAUAAAACAAAACAACUUCUUAAAAAUGGAUACAAACCUUUUGCAGUAAAUGGAAUUUCUAUUUUACUGAGUAACACUUGCGCUUUUGACUCAAUAACACAAAUAUUAGCAACAGCUGGAAAAGAUGAUCCAAAAUUUUUAUUAUAUAUGGACACGAAUGCAAAUCCAACAAUGAAAUUUAUUAGUCAGUUUUGUAAUAUAGGAGCGACUGAUGUACUAUAUCAAAAAAGAACCACCCUAUUAGCUACACUAUUUAAAGAAAGAAUUGAAGACAAAAGUAAUAUAUCUCCUUUAUAUGUCAGACAACUGAACAUGUGGUCAAGCGUCAAUGAAAUUUGGCAAAAAUGUUUUCCUUCAAGUGCGUGUAUUAGUUGCACUUGCAAAUUAUGUGAAGUAUAUCGAAUUCCUAUUCCAAUGGUUCAAGUGAACUAUAAAAUGAUAUGGGAAAACGGAUUCGGUCAACUACAACAAUCAAUUCACUCAUUUGACAGCAAAAUACGAUGCACAAAGUGUAAGCUGAAUAUGAUUGACCGUUCUCUUUUAUUUAAUAAAUGCAUUUGCAUUGAAUUAGAUAUUAGAAUGUAUCAAAAGAAUCCUUUAAAAUGUAAAUUAAUAACUUUUCCAUCAGUUAUACAAUUGAAUAACAAAAAUUACAUGUUGAGAGGAAUCAUUGAAAUUGUCAAUGGGCAUUUUGUAGCAUACUGUAGAAGAUAUAACGAUGACUGGAGAUUACACGAUGAUACUGCUUCCAAUAUACAACCUGUUCAACCUGGAAAAGAGAUAGUACCAAACGCUGCUAUUUACACUAGGAUUGAUUGAAUUACUAAUUAUUUUUUUAAAUCUUUAGGUAGUAUGUUCCCAGUAUUCUGUACUCAAGUGCAAUUCUAUUGAAUCAUAUAAGAUAGAAUUUAAUAUAAUAAACAAUUUUUAAUUAUAUAUCUCAUCGUUGUAACAAUCAAAGUUUUAUCAAACAUUGUUAUUUUGAUAUAUAUUCUCUUAA